GUUCUCUGUUCAAUCAAGCAAGCCUCGCAUGAGGUCUUAAAUUGGUAAUUGAUUAUAACGCGAAAAGGCCCGCUCUAGCAAGAAGUGGCACUCAGACCUACUUAGAUUUGGUGCCUUAGCAAUAUGAUAUUUUACUUCCCUUUUUGAGCAACAUCAGCCGGGGUAUUUAAGACAUAAAUGGAUAAAGCUUGAAUCAGUUAUCUCAAGCAGACAACAGGAGAUAGUUGCUGGAUGCAAUUACUUUGUGAGCGUUUUACAGAAUAGGCAAGUUACAGUGUGUCACCUUGAAAGGCAAGUAAUUUUGUUCAACCCAAACGCGUAUCACUGUCCUUUUUCAUGCAGCUAAAAAACGAAUCAAAAAUUGGCACAAACCACACCUGGCUUUUGGUAAUUAAACCGUUUCAUUCGGAUGUAAGCUUGAAAACCUUAAGAGAAGGAAAAAGACAUGUUUUUAUCUUUUGUUAUCUUCGAAAAGAGCUCAUAUUUAAAAAGGCUUGAUUAAACUGAGUUGACUUCAUAAUUUUUUGCAGAUUGCCAUGGCAAAAAUCACAGUUAUCAGGUUUCUGCUCCUGCUGAUGGUGCUUGAACUAACGCUGGUUCUUUCCGCCGAGGGUAAGGCUUGGUGGAGAAGACGCCGCAGGCGCUGCAGCUCAACAAGGCCAACAGGAGUUGCUUGGGUUAACCAAUGGCAACAACACUAUUUCACCUACAGCUGUAGCAACCGUAAGUUAUUGUGUGAAUAACGCCGAUACUACUUUUUUUUUAACCCAGUAAUCUCUAGCCUGCCUUGUAUUAAAGCGACUAGACUAUCAAAUCAAAUCAAAUCUAAUCACUGAUUUAUUGUCCCUUUUGCAGUCAGAAGACUGAAUUGUAGGAUACCUUACAAGCUGUGAUAUAUAUACUAAUACGCUUACAUUUAUUAACAAGAUUAAUAUUUAACACUAACAAAAUUUGAGAAACGUUCAGUCCUUGUGGCCAUGGGCACAUAGAUCUAUAGAUCUCGACUUUUCAUGCAUUCGAUGAUUUUGUGUAUUUUUUAAUGAAAUUUUAACUACAAAUUGGUAAACUCAACGAGCCUUUUUUUUGACAAGUAUAGAUAAUUCCCUUACAUUGUGAGUGACACGCCUUCUUGCUAACGGAGACAAGCUAUGAAAGAAAUACGACCUGUUUUCAUGUUAAUCAGUUUCGCCCAUCGUUAUCCUUUUUGGCUUUUCUGUAUUUCUUUUGUGUUCCUCUACAGUUGUAAGAGGCUAUUUUGAUAGCGGGAAUUACCGCGCGCGAAGCCCGCGCAAUGAGUGCGAGAAAUUUUGGUCGUGACGUCACCAUAAGUUCGACUACUGGUGCCCCUUCUAUGUAAGCCAACAUAAAAUUUCACAUUGAAUUGCACGCCAUGUAAUAUCAAAUGAUUGAAAGAAAACAAAAAGGUCUUGAUAUCAGUAUGGGAAUGAAACUUUACAAUUUGCUGGCUUUAACCCUUUAAGCGUCAAUAUCCAGAUUCAAAUUCUCCAUUUACUGAUUUCCAUACAUUUACUUAAAGUUAGUUGAGAGAAUUUAACAAAAAAACACAGAAUUCUCUCUUGGCUGAUCAUUUUAAUAGUUCUCAUAAUCUUUCCUCUUGAUUAUGUAUUAACAGUUCUAGGAGAAAACUGAUGCUGGUCACUAAGGCCAGGUUGCUCUCUGCAGUACAAAACAAAGUAUAACUUAGUUGCUUGUUUUCUGGAAGCUUCUUGUGCGUUGUUGUGAAUCGACCCUCAACUUGUAGAAUCGGUUAUUGAGCGAAUUGUUUAUGGUAAUGAAGUUUGUUUAGUCAGUAAAAUUGUCUGGCUAGUAUUUGGUUUAAAGUCAGGCCUGAUUAAAUUUUGUUUUAAAAAAUAGCUUAUAAAUCGAUAAGUUGUUUUCGGCAUUAAAGUAGUGGCUACUGGGUCCUGAAUUCUACAACGCAGUUCUCGUUCGAUUCUUUGGAGGAACUUUGUAUUUUCGCAUCUAAUUGCUUGGGUGUAUAUGUCCUCAUAUUUUUGCGGUAACUCUGUAAACUCCAUGUUUGACUUAAACUAGGCACUUUCAACUGACUUGGAACUGAUUAGCUCUGGUGCAUGGUAUUAUAAUUCUUAUACUACUACAUAAGAAAUUUCUGCAAUUUGAUUGGCUUAGAGCAGUGGUAUUUCAGCUUAAUUUGAAAUACCUACAUGUGAAAAUUACAAACUUUUUGUGGGUAGUAGUAUAAACAAAUAAUAGCAUGAUUUGUACGUGAUAUUUUGCAUAAAUACCACUCGCGAUAUUUCAAAAUUGUCUCAAAUUACGUACGUAAUACAAUUUCGAAAUAUCACUCGUGGCAUUUAUGCCAAAUAUCACUACAAAUUAUGCUAUUGCCUAAACAAACUAUAUUGUGUCUAUAGUGGAGCUCUCGCGGGCGCGAAGCGCGCGCAGCGGAGCACCAUGGCUAAGAAAAUUUGGUUAUCUAUGAAUCCAAGAAAUUUUGUUUCUGACAAAAUCGUCCGUACGUACGAACGUCCACCCAUUCAUGUUAGAAGACGUGAAAUGCCACACUUACUAGUUGGAAGUUUUAGGCAUAUGUUAUCUGUGUUUAACUUAAUAUUGGACAUCCAUGUUACAUGACUGUAUCGCGUUCAGGUAUACAACUCAUUGGGUUGACGUAUUUUUUAAAGUUAUAUCUGCUGAUUAGUCUUUGGUUUUCAAUUGAUCGCGGGCUUGGGUCCCUUUUUUAAGGUGGAAUUCAGUUUGCUUUCUUCUAAUGGCAAAAGUUGAAUUACUUGAGAAAGACAUUUCUUAAAAGAUCCCUCGAGAGCUUCGCUUUUGGCCUUGGCUAAAUCUAUAUUGUAAUAUUAAUUUGAAAUUCUGAGAUCGUUUGAUAAAUAACAAUUAUUCACCGAAGUGGAGGUGGCUAGUAGUGUAUAUACCGAGAGGCCGCGAAGCGGUGAGGUUAAUACCACCACUAGCCACCGACACUGAGGUGAAUAAUUGUUUUAAUAUAUACUAAAACAGUGAGAUAAUUGAGCAAAAAAAAAAAAAAGAUUUUUAACUCAUUUACUGUUGCCAACGAUUACAAUUUUGGCGCGCAAUGACGGAACGGCCGCGGUCGUCGCUUUUUCAUGGCGACAAGUAAAAAUUUUGAAGGCGUUUGUUUAGCUCUUGCGGGGAAGUUUCUUCAAAAGGAGUUGUGAAUUCUUUUUGUAUUUAAAAUCAUCCUGUAAUUAACAAUUAUUCUUUGAAACCGAGGUGAAUAGUGGCAAAAUAUUUACCGAGCCACGAAGUGGCGAGGUAAAUGUUCCUAAAGCCACUAUUCACCGAGAUUGAAAAGAAUAACUGUUUUAGUAUAUACACACGAAGUGAUCUCAACAAAAUCGGAGAGGAAACCAUUGAAAAGUACGAUUUGAUUGACAGAUCAGGUCAGCUAGACACGCGACAGUUUAAAAAUAGAUCUUUGUAGAAUUUUCAAACAUAGCAAUUCACACGCUUAUCACUUCGCAAACAACAGCGUAAUGACUUAAAUGGAACAGCUAAAAGUUUGAAUUGUUUCGUUACCUGAGAAGAAAAGAAGAGCUUUGUUGUUUUCUGUUGACUCGCCAAGUUUAUAGCCGAAAAGGUUUGUUGUGUCGUUCUUCGCAUGAAGUGCUGACAAAAAUGGCGAUUCCGUUCCUUGAGGUAAGACGUCGUCUUCAUGUAGCAUUCCUUCUCGUGUUUACUUGAAACGUAGAAUUUCUGCAAACAUUUGCUUUCAAAUUUGUUUGUCAUAAAUAAACUUCGUCUUUGGGCCAAAUUUUUCUUGUUAGGAAACGCUGAGUUCACGAAACGGCCUCUUCUAGGCGAACAAACGGGAGUUGUAAACAAUCCAUCGACCACAAAACUCAACAACAGUAAAUGGAAAAACGCCGUUUUGAAUCCUUCGAAGUCUUUUCUUGCCGGAAAAAAAGUCAACCCUAGGAUUUUGUCGACUUUUAAAAGAUCUUUCUCUAAGAAAAUGGGAAAAAAACCGAGCUCACACAUUAUCCACUCGCUGGGAGGUGAAUAUUGUUGAAUAGUCCGAGAUAGCGAACCAAUCAGAUUGCUCAAAUCACCAAGAUCACUGAGUGUGUAUAUACUAAAAAAGAUUAUUAAAUUUAGUUUUAAGCUUAUUUAUGAACAAGUCAACUAAAUAAAAUAACGCAAGACUUAAGUUUAAUAUGCGUUUGUAAACAAAAAACUUUUUCACCGGUUUUAUCGAUAAAUUCAAGUCAAAAAGACAAAGCUUUACCUGUUAAAACUUCCAAACCAAACUUCGUCACCUUCUCCAUGUAUUUCGGGAAUAGAUUGCUUGAUUAGUUGUGAAAUUUCUUAGUUUGUUACGGCAGCAAACCGGGAAGGCAUUUUGCUCGCAACUCACGCGAGUUUGGCGUCGCUCGCUCGAAGGAACUGGAGGUGAACCAGUGGAUCACAGGAUAUUCACUGAUUGAGUAGCCAAUCAGAGCGCGCGAAAAACACUAUCCACUGUUCUAGUAUAUACUAAACGCUGAUAGUGGCUAAAGUAAUUUGACCAGCCCCUUGAAUCACGCAACGCUCCUUAGAGCAUUCCUGAUGAUAUCUACGUAUUUCAUUUCUUCUUCCUUAGAAACCUAAUGUAAACAGCUUGGGGUUAGACUUGCUCACAUAUUACAGGAUCAUGAGCGAGUUUAAAUUUUGCUUCAGAAACAGCAUCUUAGAUGUCAAAAAAUUAAUGUUUUAACUUGACCCAAAAGAGGGGCACUGGUGUAAGAUCCCCUAUUGAAAAAUAGGGAAAGGAUCAAUUAAGGUUUCUGGGUAACUGCUUACCUACACCUCCCUUAAGUCAACAUUAUAACUUCUCACUUCGGGCAAAAUUUUGACUUAGCGGGGAGGUGGUAACUGGUCUGUUACCCAGAAUCCUCGAUUGAUCCCAAAAUAUAAUGCCCUCAUACUCACAUAAAAGGAUUAACUUUUGUAGGCUUUUCUCUGAGUCGCUGGUACAGCAUUCACAGAAACUGCAAGGAAGAUCGCAUCCAUUACUUUCAAUGCCGUUAUGGCCCCGUUGCGUAUCAUGCUGGGAAUUGUUGGUGGACAAAUCAUUAUGUGAACGAUUAUGACCGUCCUGUUGCAUUUAAGUGUCACAACAAUGGCUUUCUGACUGGAGUCAGAAGUGAGUACAGUGGCCCCCACAAAGAUCGCAGGUAACUAAUAAUUGAUUAGCUAAUUUUUACAAAUUGCAUGUAGAGCGUGACAGUGACCAGUAAUUGAGCGGGCAGGCCUAAGAUGAAGGUACAUGUAAAAAGAAAAAGAGAAGGUCAGCUUCUUUGGAAGGUAAUUUUGCCAGUGAGGUGACCCUUUUAUUCAAUCACUUAUUUCGGAAGGUUUGAUUUAAUUUAAGUAUUUUGAAAAUUAAAGCGAGUUUUAACAUACUCCUGAUACGUAGAGUUUUGGUCUUGAACUAGAUACCAUACAGUGGGGUGGAAAUCUGCCUGCAGGGCAACCCCAUACAGGUUAAAACUGCCCUCGCCAAAAAAACAGACAUCAUUUCCAAUUCAUUUCUGCUCUAUAUAAGUAAUUGAAAUGUUUCAGUAGCAUGCAAUGUACAUGUAAACGAUUUUUUCAAUUUUCACGUAAUAAUACAGGACUUUAUCUUAACCAGCCGUUGCUGAACUGAAGACUCCCUGUAUAAACAAUAUACUAGAAGUUCGCAUUGAGAAGGGAAGUGCUGCCGUUAGUUGCGAAGCGAAUAGGACAAAGACAGUUUGUAGAACAGUUGAACAUAUGAAUUCUUUUUUAUUAAAGUCAAUAACUUAGACUUGCUGGCAUUAUGAAACACUCAGAGCGUAAUAUAAAAAAUGAACCGAUCACGAAGACAAAUAUGCUUACAUUCAUAUAACUCGCUAAGGUUUCAAUACCAUUUUGUAAUUCAUUUUAAUAAUUCACGAAAUUCUAAAACAACAGCAGUGCUGAUAGGCUGUUUCUUCAUCGAACAAUCAUCGUACACAGGAUCGAUGAGAUGAGUUGCGAACAAAUGACGUAAAGGCCAAAACUUGUUUAUUCACAGGUCAGGCAGAUGUACAGCACAUGCCGUUCACUUAUGUAAAACUUACAAUCCUGAUUACCGAGGUAACAAUCUGUGUGACAAAAGAAUACUCGCUAUAACUAAUCUUGAAACCUGAAUAAAAAAAAUAAACCAAAAAAAUGUUCCGUACAAUACGUCUUGAGCUGUUCUUACCGUUUAGGCCAUUUAAAAAGACAGCAAGCAUCCCAUAAACUACGAUUUCUGCACAGAUCUUACAUGAGAGCAAAAUAAAAUGGUGGGUUGCUCCUAGGAGAAAAACAGGCGCGGCAGCUAAGCAAACCGCUGACUGCACAGCGCUGCAGUCACAGAUGACCAUCGAACCAUGGAACCAACCAUCGAACCAAAAAUCUCAAAUGGAUCAAGAAUAUGGUCUGCUGCCGGCUGAUGCCCGGCAGCAAUUAUAAUAAUAGUACUAUACUAGUACUACUACUACCACCACCACCACCACCAAUGGGUAAACCAAAGAUGAUGUCUGUCGUUACACUUUUUACCCAGAUUCAAAGUUAAAAAAAGAAAGAAAAAUAAUCUUUGAAAAAAUUGACAGGCUGGGCAGUUAAAAAACUCUGUUGCAAUAUCUAUACAUUGAAUGGUCCUCCAUUAUUUUGAGAGGGUUCUCUUGUAUUUCACUCUGCAAAUUAAUCGGGUGGCCAUUUCCUGGUGGCUGAAUUUUGCAAAAUUGCAUUUCACAGCUCCAUUUUGAUGCAUUUGACACCAUUUUAGAACACUAUAAAAAUUAUAAUUGAAUGAACUUAGGCUAUGUUCACACUAUGCCGGAUGACAGCUUUUCGUGCCGACACGAAAAGCUAUCUGGUAUAGUGUGAACUGCAACGGCCUGGGACCAGCAGAAGCCGUUCACACAAAUCGAACCUUGUGCUGGAGCUGUUAACCGAGCGGGUUUGGUGAGCUAAAUCCUAGUCCAAACUCCUCGCUCCUACUUAUUUACCUCGGAGACAGUCCGAAUAGGUGUUCACUCUACACCAAAGUAUGGCGUCGCAGCUUUGGCUCUAUGUUUUAUACUCACAUGGAGCAUGCUUUUUCAGCCAAACAGAGUGCACGUUAUAUCUCAGCUUUGUUAUAAUUUUGUUUUGAGGUUUGGCUUCCGCUGCUGUCAGAAGCCAGGUUACUACCAACACUUUUGCAAGUUGACCCCGAUUUUGAACGUCUGGGACGGGGUACUGGACUACAAUGUUCCCUUUGGCUACUCCUUGGUUGGUGUACACAGUUACCAUGACAACAAUUAUGAGUAA